UGCAUGUGAUCAUCAUCAAAGAAAUUCUUGAUAAUUAAACCGCAGUACUAGAGUCGAGAUUGACAUCCACCUUUCUGUGUCCCUCAUUCCAUGCCGGAUUUAGCCAUUUAAGUGACCCUUUGAGUUCUGCUCCCGUUAUUGAACAUUUAGCAAGAUUGUAAACAAAAGUCAUGUUGCAUCGAGCCAGGUGAUUCAAUAGAAGUCCAUCAGCAGCAGCUUUCCCAGAGGAUGGUUGCACUGAUCUGUUUUUUAGGAUUUGAUUCCACCCUUCCAAUGGAGGUUGUCGCACUAUCUGUUUGUUGUAGACUAUGUACUUUUGCUGCUUGUGUGGCCAUCUUCUUUGCUCGUUUCUCAGCUUGAUUGACAAUAAUAACCAGACCUUUGUUCUUUAGAUGUUUGGCUAGGUUAGAGGUUUCUUUGAUCCCUAGUCUACCACAUAUCUCGAUUCAGAGAUUACUCUUGGUGUUCUUAGAGAAAAUGAUUAUGGAUUUCUCUCUAAUAAUAAGUUUCUCUGAGGUAGCACAAAAUCUUUCACGACACGACAUCACCACCUCAACAUGUGUGGGAUUAGCUUCCAAAAACAAAACUGUCAUCAACAAAGAAAAUGGGAUAAGUCGUGACCUCCUACAAACAGUCUCAUAUGGACCCAGUUUUGUUCUUAUCUUCUUAUAGGAUGCAAUGGCUAAGUCUUUCCAUACACAAGGUGAAAAUGCUAGGGGAGCGAGGGCAUCCUUAUCUCAGGACUUGUGAAGGCCUAAAGCUUUCUAUUUCCCCUUCAUUGCAAAGCACUUGGAAGCUUGUUGUUGUCACACAUGCCAUAAUGAGUCGGACAAAAUCAUUUAGAAACAUGCUUCAGUCAGUGUUUCCUCCAUAAAUUUCUUGUUGAUACGACAUCACGCUUUAGUCAGGUCCACCUUAAGAAGCAUGCUUUUUUCCUCCCUGAUUUCCUAGCCAAUGAGUGUACUGUUUCCUGCAACAUAUUGAUAUUAUAAGUUAUGUGUCUCUUUGGAACAAAGUUUGACUGGUUUGGGUGGACAAGGUGUGGUAUCAGGAACUUUAGCUUUUUAUCCAAGCUCUUUGUCACCACCUUAUACACCACAUUACAAAGGCUAAUUGACCUAAAUUGGUCUAUUGACUUAUUGGCCUCUAUGGUAGAAUCAGUCGGGGGCUCGAGAGGCAAUGGUUUACCCUGUGACGAAUAUCAACCAUUCGAGUCCGCUUAUCUCAAACUCAUGAAUUUAGCUGAUACAAAGCUAUAGGAUAGCACCCAAUAGGGGCCACGACUUUGGGGAUUAAAGCCAGAAGACUUUCAUGAACACUCUAGAUGUUAUUAGGAUUCUUAAAGUAAGAACAAACGAAAUUGGUAAAGUCAACAGCAAUAAACUCCCAACAUUUCUGCUAGAAGAUGGCAUGGAACCAGUCUUUUCCCGAGCUUUCAGUCCAUUCAUGUCCCCGACUGUUGCUUUGAUCUCAUCAUGGCUAGGCAACACACUCAAUCUGGCUAGAAAGCUUCCUUUGAUAGUAGGGAAAUCUUCUGGAAUGGUGGGUCUGGCAUGGUUCUCCUUCCUUGUAUAGAGCUUGACAAAGAAGUCCCUAGAUAUGGAUUGAAGGAGAUCUGGAUCAGUAAUUCAUUCUCCCUUAUCAUCUCUUGGGCCCAUGAUCUUGUUGUGCUUCAUUAUGCUAAGUGUGUUGGUGUGGAAGAAUCAUGUGUUUUGGUCUCUGUGAACCACCUAGUUGGCUCUUGAAUUCUUCCUCUAAAUUAGCUCCUCUUUCUAAUAGGGUAUUUUCCAACUCCUCUCUGGUCUCUUAUUCCUUGAUUCAAGAGCUCAUACUCAACUGCUUCUCAUUGAGCAAUUACAUGAACUUCAGUGCAUAUAACUUCUUCUUUUUUGUGCCUAAAGAUGUUUCCAAAAGUCUUUGUGUUCCAUUUUAUAAACUCCUCUGUUCCUUGAAAUCACUUUCGGAAUUCUAGAAUAUAGACAACAAGGGGGGGGGGGAACCUUCAUGAGCAAACCAAGGAGCAAGGCAUUGGAAUCUCCUCGCACUUUGUUCUUGCAAUCCUAGAAGAAGUGUUGGUAAAGUAGGUUUAUGGUUGAACUAAAGUUUAGAAGAGGUGCUAAUUGGUUCUGUUUCAGUUGACCACUAACCGAUAUGGUGGUCAAGAGUUAACCAAUAAGCAAAAAGCUCAUACCAAUAGUAGUGUUCAUUCAUGUUAUGUCUCCACAAAAAUACUAGGUUCUGGUGGAGGGAACUUGUUCGGCUUAAAUUUCUCCAUCCAUUUUUUAGUUGGAGGUAUGGUUGUGUAUGUAAAAAGUGGGGUGGUCAAUGUGGACCAUAAUUACGAAAAAGGAUGGCUUCUGUCGAUCAGGGAUGAUGAACGUGGUUACAUUUUUGGAUUACUACUGGAUAUGGGGGAUGAUUCUGAGGGAUGUGUUUCCAAGAGUCAUUGUCGCCUCUUCUACCUUGGGUGAGUGGGUUUUGAGUUUAUAUCCUUUGAUAAUGUAAAUGUGGGGCGUGAGAUACCAACUAUUUUCAUGGGGGUGAGCGUGAGAGGUUAGGUCUUUUGAUUGUGUUAUCUCACAUGAUUUUGGUUACCCCUUGCAUGUUAACUUGGAAGCUGAAUUCAAACUCAUCUUUCUCAGUCCACUCGAUGUAUAAGAAGCUUACCUUGAAGAAGUUCUGAUGACACUCGAUGUACAAGGCAUAUAUUUUUGGCGACGAAUAUUUCCGUUGCAUAAACUUUACGCGAAGAAAUUUAAACUUUACGCGUCGAAAUUUUUAACCUUUAGUGACAAAUUAUUCCAUCGCAAAAGGUGAUGUUUCUUGUAUACGCCUUUCAGUGUUAUGUUGUGCUUUUUAGGGAUUUAAUGCACUCGAGACGAAGAUGGUUCACCAAUCGAUCCAAUGUAUUAGAAGGAGGAUGUAACUACAAGCUCAUGGCCUCAAACAGAGAUGGAUUUGGACAUCAGAUGCUCAUUUGAAGGCCCAAAGAAUGUAAUUUGAAAAGCAUAACGAAGUCUAAACGAGCUAAAAUUUGGGAGCAUGUCAAUGGCCCAAGAUGAAGUUUUCGGCAAAAAGGGGCCGGUUUGGAUAAGAAAUGCCAGUGGCGAGUUCGGUUACCACCGCCAUCUCACUGCCACAAGGGCCUAAGCUUGUGGAAAGCUUCCAAAAGAUCAUUUCUUCGUCCCCAAGAAAGGAAAUCCGAGUUUAAGUCUUACAAAGAAGGUUUUGGCUGACUUUUAGGAGGAAAAAUCCUAGAAAACAUCUUCCUAUAAGUUUAUAAAUAGAGUCUUAGGCUAGACUUCAAUAAACAACCCUUUAAAUACUCUAUCCAAAAGGCAUGGGUUAGCAUCUCUCAAGAAGGAAGUGAAGCUCUACACCAAUGAUUUUUGAACCAUCGUUGGUGAUAUCUUCUAUCUCCCUAUUGGCGUGCUCAAACUCCCCACGCUUGAAACAAGCAAACAAAGUACAACAUAAGGU